CCUGAGCUCUCAAAUCCAACUCAAGAAGACAGGGCAGGAAACUGCACACCUCUGCAACAAGACAAUACACACUUCAAAGCAAGAUUUCAACAGUUUAGGACAAACGGGAAAAAUGAAGACAACACUGGCAACUCUGACUCUCUGCCUGGUGGUGCUCAUGGCCACAGGUUUCCCUUUUGAAAGGAAAGGGGGAUCACCCACCAGCAGCGCUGCCAAGGAGAAGCGUGUACAGUACGCAGCAUGGGAUGACGUGAAUGUCAUUGCCCAUGGCCUGCUGCAGCUGGGCCAGGGGCUGAAGGAGCAUGUUGACAAAACCAAAGUCCAGAUGAGGGACAUCUCCACCAAGUUGAAGGUUUUCAACCGCACAGUGACCGAGCUGGGAAAGGAAAGCCAGAGGCUGCGAGUGGAGGGGGAGGCCCUGAAGGUUCAGGCCCAGGGACUGGAGGACAGAGAGGGUCAGCUACUGAAUCUCACAGCUGAGCUGAAGGAGAAGACGGAGGAGAUGCAGCAGGAGAGGAGGACAAUGAGCGAGAGGAUGAGCCGGCUGGAGGAGAGGGUGGACAGCAUGCUGCAGGGAGAUGCAGCACUGUCUGACACAAAUGCUGGUGCCAGGAACAGGAGUGAUGCUCGCAACAUCCAGCUCAUGCUGGAGGCUCAGAACAGACGCAUUGAUGAUCUGAUGGAGAGGAUCAGACUCCAACAGGAGAAGCUUGACAAGCAGAACGUGCGCAUCAGGACCCUGCAAAGUCAGAUCCAGCAAUCACGGCAGAGACCCUCCCCGCGGAGCAGCAACGCCGACGCGGAGCAAGGCGACUCGCCAAUCGAGAUGGCAUCAGACUGCCACGAGCUGUUCCUGAGAGGAGAGACCACCAGUGGAGUCUACACCAUCCAGCCAAUAAACGCAGAGCCCUUUAAAGUCUUCUGCGAGAUGACAGCUGAUGGUGGAUGGACAGUGAUCCAAAGGCGCCAAGAUGGCUCAGUGGACUUUGACCAGCUAUGGCAAGCCUAUGAGAAAGGCUUUGGCAACCUGAACGGAGAGUUCUGGUUGGGUCUAGAAAAGAUCCACUCCAUUGCCAAAGAUGGGGGCUAUAUCCUCAACAUCAAGCUCUCCGACUGGGGGGAUGACUUAGUAUCCGUCCGCCUCCCCUUUCAACUGAGCGGAGAGGAAACCAAAUACUCGCUCCAGAUUCAGGAGGACGGCACUUUCAGCACUUUGGAGAGUUCCCUGGGAACCGACGCCACCUCCGGCCUGCCUUUCUCCACCCGCGACCAAGACAAUGACCAGAAAAACGACACCAACUGUGCCAAGCACCUUUCCGGUGGUUGGUGGUUCAGUAACUGUGGUCGCUCCAACCUAAACGGUAGAUACUUCCAGAGUCCUCCUCCUAAGCAGCGACACCAGAGGAAGCAGGGCAUCUUCUGGAAGACCUGGAGAGGCCGCUACUACCCUCUGAAGUCCAGCAUGAUGAUGAUCGCCCCAGCUGCAAUCGAGAACAAGUCAUAAAGAAUAGAAAGAGACAAAGAGAAAAGGUCAAGACAAAGAGAAAGAAGCAGAUUGUGGACUAUUCUUUCUUUUCUUGGUGCUUGGUUGAUGAGGUAGGGGUUUCCAUUUCUCUGGUUGUCUCCCUGUGAGGAAGACUCAUACCAGAGCCAAGGCCCUCAAAAUAGAAGCUAAAAGAACUCACUGAAUGAGUUCCACGUUUCCACUGCUCUGUUCUCUGAGAGAUCAGCAGAUUCCUUCCUUGCACCUAAAGCCACAUAUGGAAAAAGAGACAAAACUAAGACAUGCAGUGGAACAUUUUUUGUGUGUUUUGUUUUACUACUGCUGUUGUUUCCUUCUGUUGGCCUGAAGCAGGGGCCCCCUGUGAGGAGAGAGUCACAGAGCGAGUCCAGGCCUGUCUACUGUCCUGUAAGCCACAAAACAUUUGCAACAAGUCGAGACUCCUCACCAGACUUGUGGUGUCAGCAGUACAUGCAUGCUGUUGUGGAGUUUGAAUGUGGUUUUCGUAGCGAGUAAACAGCACUGUCAGUUCCAACUUAAGGACUGCUCUUAAUUUGUAGAGGAUUUGUGUAGGAGUGAAACUCAGGCCGAUUAAGUGAGCCUUUUGAACCCAAUGGUGCGGACCAAAUGGUGACUUAAUUAAAACAAAGAGUCAUUUUCCACAUGAACAUGAUGAGAUUAGUGUUCAAAAGCGUUACAUAAAGUUAUAAAUCACUGUAAACUAGGAUUACGAUGCAGAAACUGUGUUAAGUCUGAUGUUGGAAAGCAGUUCAUGGAUCACGGAAAACCAUUCCAGCCUUUUGUAUAAUAUACAGUAUAAUCUGCCUGCAAUUUUGAAUCAAAUUAAGCAUAUUCUUCACUGACUUAAAAUUUUCUGUGGAGAUUAUGAUGAUGUUAGGUCAUAUUGACUACUUUUAAGAUGAGAGACAUGGUUUUGUACAUAGUGUAUGAAGGAAUGUUUGUCUGUCUUUUCAGAAAUAUAACUGUUACUGAUUUGUCGUGACAUUAUCUGUUUUGUCGUGACUUGAGAGUUUGUCAUUGUAGAUGUUCCCUUUCCUUAUUUAAAUGAUGUAAAGAAUCAAUAUAAAUAUUUCUGGUGCUGUUUGUAAUUUAUAUUGUCUUUGUUGUGUUUAACAGAUGUAAGAUUGUUUUUUUAAAGAGAAAAUUCCACUGCUCGGCCAAAAUGAGCCAAUAAAAUUGAUUUAAACUCA